AUGUCACGUCGUGUCGUGGAUCUGGGUUAUCCCGUGGAUGAGGAAGACACAGCUGAGCUGCAGCAAUCCGCGGGUGAUACGGAGCGGGGAUCAAGGGCGCCGUGCCCCGCCAUCGGCUGCAAGGACCCCGCUACCCCGCCGCGGCCCCUUGCGGCGGAAUGGUUCGACCACGCCCUAUGA